GUAUCCACGGAGGAGGCCAUUUCAGAAAAUGAUAGUAUACAAGUUUAAUUUGUAGUUAAUUUUUUUAGAUUUUUUAAUGUAUAAAUAAUUUGAUUAGUUGAUGAUUAAAAGAAAGAUAUGAAAGAGAUAGAGGGAGAAGUAGAGAGCAGAGGUAUGUAAGAAAAAAGGGCAUGGAUUUGGAGAAAAUCACAGUGAGAGAAGAAGAUUUGGGGUUUCCUUGUUGAUUUUUGUUGAACUGAAAUAGGCUUGUUCAUGGAGUUUUGAGACUUGAGAAUUGGGAACGAGAUCGCAUCUGUUGUUGGCAGCAGAAUCGGAGGAGAGAGAGAGAGAGAGAGAGAGAGAAGAGAGAGAAGAGCGUUGAGAUUGGUGUCUAAAACGACAUCGUUCCGAUUCAUCUCCUUUCCCACGCACGCGAUGUGGCUCCAUCGUAGCCAUGCAAUCUUUCCAUUAUUGAAGUGGAACACUGCAAUUGAAGCCUGAGAAUUGACACGCCGCCCCAAGCUCGGCCGCUCUAUAACCGUUUCAAGAUGAUACUUACUUUUUAGGCACAAGGAAAGGGAUUACCAAUUUCCCACUUCCCGGUUACAGGAUGAGUGGGAUCAACAACAUGAUGAAGUAGACUCGAAACCGGAGAAGAAAAAUAAACAAAAAGAAAAAAAAAAAUAAAUUAGCCGAUCUGUGCAGAAUUGGAAGGCAUGUCUAACGCAUUGGUGAAUGGGCUGGCGGGAGCUGGUGGCGGUAUCAUCGCCAAGCUCGGCCGCUCUAUAACUGUUUCAAGAUGAUACUUACUUUUUAGGCAGAAGGAAAAGGGAUUACCAAUUUCCCACUUCCCGGUUACAGGAUGAGUGGGAUCAACAACAUGAUGAAGUAGACUCGAAACCGGAGAAGAGAAAUUGACAAAAAAGAAAAAAAAAAUUAGCCGAUCUGUGCAGAAUUGGAAGGCAUGUCUAACGCAUUGGUGAAUGGGCUGGCGGGAGCUGGUGGCGGUAUCAUCGCCCAGAUCAUCAGUUAUCCCCUCCAAACGGUGAAUACGCGCCAACAGACUGAGAGAGUUGCCAAGACUAAGAGAGGAGGGCGCUCGCCCCCUGUUGCAGGCGGAACACUUGUUCAAAUUUUCAAGGUGGUGAGAGGCGAAGGAUGGGGAGGGCUUUACAGCGGCCUGAAGCCUUCUCUGCUUGGAACAGCUGCUUCACAGGGAAUUUAUUACUAUUUUUAUCAGGUUUUCAAAAACAAGGCUGAGGCUAUUGCGAUUGCCCAUAGAAACAAUGGACGUGGGGACGGUACUGUUGGCAUGUUUUCUUGGCUUGUUGUGGCAGCUAUUGCUGGGUCCUUCAAUGUUUUACUGACAAACCCAAUAUGGGUUCUUGUGACCCGUAUGCAGACACAUACUCAAGCGGAAAGGAAAGUCGUUGAGGCAAAAAGGGAGGCUCUGCUGAUGGAAGCUUCUGAAAUCAAUUUCAUAGGUUCUACUUUGCAAGAUAAAUUGGCUCAACUUGAUUCAACAAAACCUAGCCCCUAUGGAACAUUGCAUGCGGCACGUGAGGUUUAUAAUGAAGCAGGAAUUACUGGAUUUUGGAAAGGCAUCAUCCCCACUCUAAUCAUGGUAUGCAAUCCGUCGAUCCAAUUCAUGAUUUAUGAGAGCUCCUUAAAGCAUCUGAGGGCCAAACGUUCCUCUAACAAACAGGGUAUAAAUAAUGUUACUGCCUUGGAGGUUUUUUUAUUGGGGGCCUUGGCAAAACUGGGAGCAACUAUGUCAACAUACCCCUUGUUGGUUGUCAAGUCCAGGCUUCAAGCAAAGCAGGAAAUUGGUGGAAACAUGUUAAGAUAUUCAGGUACUUUUGAUGCAAUUAUGAAGAUGAUCCGUUUUGAAGGGUUGUCCAGCUUUUACAAGGGGAUGAGCACAAAGAUAGUACAGAGUGUUUUUGCAGCCUCAGUACUUUUUAUGGUUAAGGAAGAGCUUGUUAAGGCUUUUGCGGUGCUCGCAGAUAAAUGCCAGAAAUUUCGAUUGAAUAUUGUGAAAUGAUUCCUUUGGCUUGUAUAAAAACUAAAUGCACUGUUCUUCUGGUCUCUUCUUCAUUCGCAAUAAAUGAAUGUUGUUUUACGUCAGUUAUGAUAGUGCUUAAUGCUCAACAUGACUAAGAGAGAAGAAUACUGAAGAGUUGCAAGUCCAUUGAUGAAUAUAAUCUGAACCU